AUGUCUAUCGAUCAGACUGUGGAAGAGGUGCUGGGGGUGAGCUCGCAGAAUGUGUCGACCACGUCAGAAAUCUGUGACAAUGUGGGCGAGGGUCUGCCUGAUAUUGCCGGCAUUGGCGUGAUGGUGUCGUUUGCCGGACAGUCUCUUCUGUCCUUGGUCAUCACGCUGUGGGUAUUCUUCCUGGCGAGACACGGGCACCUGGACCUGGAUGAGGCCAGGAGCACCGCAGAGUACCGGAGGAGGACCAAAAGGCUCGAGAUACUGUCGAGUAUGCUUAGGGUUGGCAAUGAUAUGCAGAUGCUUCUGGGCAUUGCAUACAUGAUCACGGUGUGGACCAAGCAGGACAAUAUUGGCGUCUACCACUUGAGAUUGGCUUUUGAUACCGUCAGCUUUGUCGGUGUAUCGGGUAUUGUGGCUUUUGUCUGGACAAGAUUCUGCGAAGCCAAACUCUCCCUGCCACCCCAUCGACUGUCAUUCCAAUACUUGACAACGUACCUCUACGCCAUCUUCUUCUUUGCCCUCACCGUCGUCACCCUCAAUCACAUGCUCCAAUGGAAUCCCCGGACCGAAGAACCCGGCUACUGCUACAACACGGCAGGCUCUGCCGAUCCAGGCGCAGAGCAACCGGGCACCGAAAUCAUGUAUGUCGUUGUUACAGGCUUCUCCCUCCUGUGUACAAUGAUUGGCGCCAUCUUCUCUGGGCCGAGGCUGAGGUUUCCACUCGUUCUCUUCGCCAUCAUGCACUAUGUCGUGCAUCUGUAUUUUAUGAUUGUCGUGAGGGAAGCCAACCAAAAGCUUCUCGAGGGUUCGGAAAGAGAGGAUCGCUGGGACUUUGGACAGUCCACGGCCAUGUUGCUGCUCGGACUUGCCUUCCUCGAGGCUGUCAAGAAGUCGGUGGCGUAUUGUCAAUUAAAUAUGAUGUCUGAUGACAGGAUUCUGGGAGAGGAUAAGCUUGGGCAGUUCGACUAUAACUAG